UCGCUGAUUGGCCUCUGCCCGUACCACGUGCGGAGGUUCUUCUUUGGUUGGAGAAGGAAGUAGAGAGUCAAGUGUUUGUGUUAGACAAGUUAGAUUAAUCGCUAGUCACAAAUAUUAUUCAAAAUGCCUGAGUUUAAUUAUUCUCGAAAUAAAAAUCUUAAAACCAAAGCGAGCACCGGUCAUUCUAUUGAUCUGAAAAAAAGGUACAGAGAUACAGGAAUGGGGAAGAUGAAAAGUUUUGUAAAUUGUUUAUUGGUGGUCUAAACUACAGCACAACUGAAGAAGGCUUAAAGAGCCACUUUGAACAAUGGGGUGAAAUAGUUGACUGUGUUGUCAUGAGAGAUCUAACCACUAAAAGGUCCAGAGGGUUUGGCUUUGUCACUUAUAAAACUGAAGAUAUGUUGGAUGAAGCACAAAAGCACCGUCCCCACAAAGUAGAUAACAGAGAGGUUGACACCAAAAGGGCUAUUCCUCGUAGUGAAGCGGAUGAAUCUCAAGCUGCUGUGAAGAAAAUGUUUGUUGGUGGCCUGAAGGAAGGUACCACCGAAGAUGAAAUCAAAGAACGAUUCGAAAGUUAUGGUACAAUUGAAAAAAUAGAGUUGAUUAAAGACAAAGCUACUGGAAAGCAGAGAGGAUUUUGUUUUGUCACUUACAAUGAUCCUGAUGCAGUUGAUAAAUGUGUUUUGAGAAAACGCAUUCAGUUAAAUGGAAAAGUGGUUGAAGUGAAAAAAGCUGUGUCAAAAACUGAAAUCGAGAGAUCUGGUCGAGGUGGUAUGCGUGGAGGUUCCGACUAUGGUAUGCGUGAUAAUUUUGAUGAUAACUAUGGUGGUGGUGGUAACUGGAACAUGGGUGGUGAAAACAACUGGGGUAACUCAGGUGGUUAUCCAAACCAAGGUGGUGGUGGCUGGAACCAAGGUGGUCAAGGUGGCUGGAACCAAGGAUUUGGUCAAGGCAACAACACUGGUUGUUAUGGUGGCAAUUUUAAUCCUCGAGGCAACUUCAAUAAUAAUUUCAGGAGUGGAGAUUAUGGUAAUGAUGGAAACAAUUGGAAUAACCCCUCCAAUUUUGGAACUGGCUAUGGAGGGAGUGGCAAUACUGGCCCAAUGCGUGGUGGCAACUACUCUCAGCGAUCAAGUGGACCUUAUGGAGGUGGCUAUGGAGCUGGUGGUGGUGGUGGUGGUAUGGGUUAUAACAGACGGUAACUUCAUUAUUUCCUAUCAUUAUAACUUAGGUAUGGUUAAAUGUGGAACUGAUUCAUCAAAGCAUCUUCUCUAUCAAAAUGCUGACCAACUGGAGUACUUACUCUUGACCUGCUGAUUUAUUUGGUUUUUUUUCUUCUAUUUUUUUUUUCUACAUGAUUCAGAGAACCCCCAAGUUACACCAGACAGCUGCAAAAUAUACCAUCCUAAUUAAACCAAGCCAUAAAAUUGAAAAAGGGAAAAAAAAUAUUCAUAGACUGUUUCUUUUUAUAUUGUAAAUAUCAGUUUCAUAAAAAGAAAAAUUAGGUUGAAGAUUUCAAAAACCUCACAUUUUGUACAAGUCUUAAGAUUGUGCUUAUUCUUAUCUUUGCUACAUUGUCAUGGUUGGUAUUCUACUUUUAAGACCAAACUGUUUUUUUUUUAGAUGGUAUUGCUAAAGACAUUUAUUGUAUGGGUAACAAUAAUAAAAAAAAACAACAAAAGAUAAAACAACCAUCUCAUUUCCUACUUCAUAAAUAUCCAUACAAUUCUUUCAACCACUCCUAAUGCUAAUUUGUUUCACCUUCUGCACUUACACAUUCCUGCCAUCCAAUUUCAAUUAGCCUUGAUAAAACUCAAGGCUGCUAAUAAAAUAAUCUUAUUUCAUGACUUCUCUUCAUUUUAUGUCAAAAGAAAAGGGGGAAAAAA